AUGAGUUUGAUGAUUACCUCAUCCCAACAAGCAUCUCCUGCAUUACCCGAUCAUCAACUGAAAGUAGCCCCUGACCGCACUCUGAUGUCCGCCGCACCGGAUGUCGACCUUCGAAUGCGUGCUUCCCUCACCACCGAUCCAUUUGCUGAAUCUCCUCAAAGAUUGGGUAUGAUUAUCGAAUCACCGGUGUCUAUUUCACGUUCAAAUCGCGUCCCGGGCUUUGAGACGAUACCGGACGUCCAUUCCUCCGCGGAGAAGAGUCUUGACAAGCAGCUUGGUGAAGUGAUUGGAGUAGCUAAUAUCGCCGCUAGGCGUUUAUCUCAUGCUGACACCCUCCCUCGAGACAUUCUUCAGCGAGUAUUUUUUUUCUACGCUGCCGACUUGCAACGAGACGCAAGCUCUUCACCAUUUGCAGCCCUUGAGACACUACUGCACAUCUGUAGCCACUGGAAAAGCGUAGCGCAGGAUUAUGAGAAUAUAUGGUCCAAGGUAUACAUCACUCUUACUAACAUGCAUGACAUCGAAAAGUGGAAAGCGCGAAUCAGGAGAUGGCCUAUUCGAGCUUCGUUCCCGGUGCAUAUCAGCAUUCAAGACCAACGAGAUCGCAGCUUGUACUGGUUACUGAACGCUGGUACUACUCUUGACCAGCCUAAACCUCGAGGGGGUUUUCUAGCCCGUCUCAACGAUAUAGUCUCCUUAACUACAGAGCUCUAUACAAUCAUGUCCGACUGUAGACAUAAGAGCUUUCGGCUGGUGAUGCCGCCGUUCUUUCCCGAGAUGAUUCACUUACUUGAUGGCGAUGCGAAAGUGAUAGCCAGCUCUUACCUCAACAGAAUAUUUCCCACUGAGCUUCAUUUUCUCGAAUCUCUCGAGCUAGAAAAUGUUGGAUGGGUCAAACCGGCAGUCGGAGAUUCCAAUUAUUACCCCAAACUUCCACACAUAUUCAAAGGGCUUGGCAGCUCAUUUAAGAUGCUCCGCCUCUACAACUGCUUCCUUCCAAAGGUCCCAGACCUCGACAAGCCUUAUGAGCUGCAUCUCGAACAUUGCUUUCACUGGAAUCCACUACGCCAUAAAUGGGAGCCAGUCGGCCAGAAAAUUGACUUGUUUGACGUUGUGGAGCUGAAAGUUUGGACCUAUCUACAAACUUUCACUAUCGGUCCGCUCACCGCAAAUCUCGUUCCUUUCUGUCUGCCGUCCCUCCAUACAUUGGAAGUCAUACCUCUGCUUGGAGAGUUUGCAUACCCUGGUCAUCUCAUCGCCAGCUACGUGUUUUACCCAUUUCGCCCCUCGAUGCUUGCUAUCUACCCAAAGGCCGCUCCUGUAUGCUACUAA